AUGGCAUCCAUCAGCAGCCCUUCUAAGCAGCCGCUUUCUGACCGGCCUACAAAUACCCAUCUUGCCAUGCAGAGCUCUCCUGUUGAGGAGGGCGAAGCAGACUUGAAAGCUGCCACCACCAAAUCUAUGGAAUACCACAGACAAGUGCUCAAGGAGAAGAUGGAGGGUGACUCACAACAAUCUGGCCAUUUUAUCUCUCCAUCAGAUGGUAUUAUGAGUCCUUGCACUAAGAAGCUGAGCAACUUGAAGGGGAAGAAGUUCAAGAAUGCUGGGCGACCACAGAUGCUUUUUGCUAAGGCUCUAGGGAAGAAAUCUUACGACAAGAUGAGCACUGAGAAUGCUGUUGACGAUGAUGGCACUGCGGAUAGCGGACCUGUCUAA